GGGUGGGAGAUGCAACAAUGGACUUGAGAACAGCAGGAAGUGUGUUGGUGGUAUUUCUCUGGUCUGUGACAGUGUUUCUGUGGCUGAAUGGCUGGAGUGUGACUUACACCACUCAGAGUAUCUGUGCCUUGAGGGGGUCAACAGUGGAGAUGUCCUGCUCUUACACAUAUCCCAUUGGUCAUAAAGUCACAACAACCUUCUGGUUCACUAAAUGGGGGACUGGUGUAGAACCUAAAGAUCUAGGUCAGGUCCCAGAGUAUACAGGUCGUCUGGAGUAUCAUGGGGUUAAGGAGAAAGACUGCACCCUGAAAAUCACAGACCUGAGAGAGAGAGACUCAGCUGAGUAUAAGUUCAGAUUUAAAACAGAUCAGAACGGGAAAUAUAUUGGCGAUCCUGGAGUCACUCUGUCUGUCACAGGUCUUCAGGUGAAGGUGACUGGUGGACAUCAGGAUAAGACACUGACCUGUAUCACCACCUGUACUCUGACUGACAACCCAACCUACAUCUGGGACAAGAACGGUACCAUAGUAAAGGAGGGCACUUCCAGCCUGUACUCAGACUCCUUUAGUGAUGCAGACAGUUACUCCUGUGCUGUAAAAGGCCAUGAGGAUCUCCACUCUCCUGCAGUGUGUCAGAAGUGUUGGAGUGUGACUUACACCCAUCAGAGUAUUGUGCCUUGA